AUGGAUGAGUCGGCUGGCCCGAGCGGUUUUGGUCUGUUAUUGGAGUGCAGUGAGAUGUUGACAUCUGAUUCACCAUCAACAUCGCAGUUUCAUGAAACAGCUCAAAAUCAGCCAAGAAUGUCGUUUAUGAGAAGAGUGAGUUUUCCUGCCCCAAAGGGGAAUUGAUCCCGGGACCUUUUUCUUGGAAAUCUAACACACUACCACUUAACUAUCCCAUUAGGAAAGUGAAAUUGAGAGAGAUUGUUUCGGAGAUAAUGUCAUUCUUUCCAGCAAAAUACAACCGAUCGUCUUCUCAACAACAAUUAUCGCUCCUCAAUCUUCAAUCAAAUUGAUCCCAACAUCCAGCUCGAUUAUCGAUCGUUGAUGAAUUUGAUGCAAUCCGAAGAGUAUUUCCAAUCAAACUAUCACUAUUUCACGGCCGUUCAAGAGCACAUUCAACCGUAUCAUCGUGAGCAGGCUGUCGAGUGGAUUUUUGAUGUGGCACGCGAGGAGAAGUGCGAUGGUGAUGUGUUUUUGCAGGCUGUGCAGUUGAUUGAUCGAUUUUUGUCGUAUCAGAAUAUUUUCAAGCAUGAUAUUCAGGUGAGUAGAGGGGGUUUUGAGUGAAAAAUGUUUAGACUAAGCCUAAGGUUUCGACUAAGCCUAAGCUUAGGGUUUUGAUUAAGCCUGAGGGCUGGUCAAGUCUAAGGAAUUGUCUGAGGAAUUAGACAAGCCUGAAGUUUUGGCUAAGCCUGCGGUUUUGGACAAGCCCAAGCUUAGGCUUUCGAUUAAGCCUAUAGUAUUGACUAAGCCUAAGGUUUUGGCUAAGCCUAAGAUCUAGGCCAGGCCUAUCCCUAAGCUAUUGAACAAGCCUAAGGUUUGAGCUAAGCCUAAGCUAUUGAACAAGCCUGACUAAGCCUAAAGGUUUGGUCAAGCCUAAACUUUUGGACUAGCCUGAAUUUUUGGCCAAUCUUAAGAUUUUGGUUAAGCCUAAGGAUUAGCCUAUGAUUUUGGACAAACCUAAUGUUUUGUUCAAGUCUAAGCCUAAGAAAUUGGACAAGCCUGAGAUUUUAGCUAAUCUUAAGAUCUAGGUCGGACCUAAGCCUGAGCUAUUGAACAAGCGUAAGAGUUUGGAGAAGCCUAAUGUUUUGGGCAAGCCUAAACCUAAGGUUUUUCAGCCUAAAGGUUUGGUUAAGCCUAAGCCUAAGAUUUUGGGAAAGCCUAAGGUUCUACCUAAGCCUAAGUCUAAAGUAAAUUUAAAAAUAUAAUCUCACAGUACUUUGGUCAAUUUUCAAAGUCAAUCAUAUUUUCGCGCACCAGCUGCUACUAUCUGCUAUUUCUACAGUACCCCCUUCCCCCUCUUAUAUUUUUCACAUACAAUAUUAUUAUUACCUUCUGCUCCGGUUUCUUUGUGUAUGGAUGUGGUGACACGAUGAUUUGAUUUAUGAUUUUUUUUUGCGCGUACACACACACACGGCAGAUGUUGUUGCUAGUUUAUAGUUUAUAUAGAAAUGUGAAACCGGUGAUGGAAUUUGAUCCAAUUCAUAGAUAUCUGGAGGAAGUUAUCAUAAAUAAAUUCAAUUUCAGAUGCUCGCAGGAGUUGCUCUUUUCGUUGCCAGCAAGCUGAAAAUGGCCCAUCCACUAAACGCCACCAAAAUCGCCUACUACGCUGAUGAUAGUCUGAAAGUGGACGAUAUUUUGAGUUGGGAGCUGAUGGUUGUCAAUCAAUUGCAAUGGGAAACCGAAUCGCCGACCGCUUUCGAUUUUUUUCGAUCAAUUGACGGCGAGAUUGCCGGCGAUUUCGAUGAUUCGCGAACGGUUUCAGGAGACUGUGCACAAGUGUCAGAAAAGUGAGUUUGAGCAUGGGGAUUUUUGGGCUUAAAAAAUAGUUAGGGUUCCUUAAAACUGAAAUUUGAGGCCUUUUGUUAAGGUUGGGCUUAGCCUUAACCAAAAUGUAGGCUAACAUUUUGGUUAAGCCUAAGCCCAACCUUUCGGCUAAGCCUAAGUUAGGUUCAACAUUUAAGCCUAACAUUUUGGUUAAGCCUAAGCCCAACCUUUUCGGCGAAGCCUAAAGUUUGGCCUAUCCAAAUCCUUAGCCCCUUCCGCCCCAAAAGUUGUCAAUAUUUUUCCGGUUAUCCCCACCCGGCGACCCAUAUCUAUGUAUCAAAAUCUAUUAAAUUUCCCCCAUCUCAUUUUAUACACUUUUACAAUUGUUUGAUUUUGCGCACGGUCCGUUUCUUUUCUCUCUUUCCUCAUCUUGUCUUCUUCUCCCCCAGGCCACCCAGUUUUUUAUGCAAAUCGCCUCGCAGCAGCGCGUGCCUGCCUGUCGUCCACCUCACCCAGCGCCUCAGAACACUAGAAGAAGAAUAUGUAUAUGUAUAACAAAGACCACCCAUCAAAAAAACGACUGUGUGUGUGUCUCUUUUUUUCUAAUUUCACUCUUUGGCGGAACUGAAUGAAGAAAACAAGAAAAGUACAAGAGAUUAGGAGGCAAGAUGUUUUUUAUGUGGUUUUUUUUUGUUGGUUGGCUGUUUGAAAAACCUGGGGGAGCGAGAAGUUGGGAAAAUUUGGGAUUUUUGAGCCCGGAAAUAGAGGGGCUGAAAUUUUGGUCAAGCCUGAGUCUAGAAAAACCUUUUGGUUAAGCCUAAUAGUAGGCAGUUCAAGGUUUGGUUCCCUUGAACUCCUUUCCAGCAACAAAGAUUGAAGUGGAUCACAACCACUUUACACAAACGAUAAAUACACGAACAGGUUGAAAUGCAAUCAUUUAUUGAUCGCAAAUCAUUUUAUGACAAGAAGGGGGACGGUUUAGGACCGUCCCGAGACACAAAACCUACUAAAACCCUAGAAAAACAAGCAAAAGCUCAACUCGGUUUGAAACCUUGAAAAACAAAGCAAAACCAGAAAUGCGCAACACAAACACGUCAGUGCUUUGACGUUGGCGCGUUUUGUGUGCACCGCGGCUAUUUGAAUACGGAGUUUUACCAGGGAUAUUACUUCCCUCCUUCAAAAAAGCCGUCCCGGCUUUACUAUAAAACCGUAGAGUUGGCAGAGCUUAGGGCAUGAGUUAACAAAAAAUAAACAAAUUACACCUCAUUUAUUUAUCCAAUUGUUGUCGAUCAUCAACACCGUUUGAUAUCGAUUUUGAACUCAUCCCAUCCUACCAAUCUUUCCAUCAACCAUUCAAUCCACAUCAACUUUUUGUUCAACAAAUUCAUAAAUCAUCAAUCCAUGCCAUCGGAAUCCUAUUUCUCAUCGAUUUCGAUCCCUAUCUACUUUCGACCUCCGAACAUCCAGACUCCACGACGCGCAUCCAAUUGAAUCUUCAACAUGAUUUCUUUCAUCUUCAACAUUCAUUUUCUUCAAAUUUCCAGCGUCUCCAGCGCCAUUUUUCCAAUAAUUGUGUGCUUGGUUCCGAUGCUUUGGCCAUACACCACACCAAUAUCUUGCACCAUUCAGCCAAAUUUCAUCCUUCGGAAGUAUAUCCAAACUUCAGCGCAUCGAAACACGUUCACCUGGGUGUCCACCUUGGCGCCAAAUAACCAUUAAAUGACGUUCGAUCGCUUCCAUUAUUCAUGGAGUUGCUAUUUUCGGACUUCGGUGCAGGAUUUCCUACCCUUUUUCUUCGCACCUAUCCCUCGACCCUUCGAGUAGCUUCCUCCUCUUCCAAAUUCUGACUCUUUUUCCUGAAAUUCCACAACCUUGAGUUUUCUUGAAUCUUUCCUUCAAAAAUCAUACCAUUUGCUUCCAACAAUCUUCAGACAACAUAUCCUCCAUGCGAACAGGUUUUGGAGCUUCCUCUAGCAUCCAAAUCAUCUCGAUUUCACCAAUCGACCUUCUGCUCCACUUCCAGACUACAUUUCUUCCGAUUCUCCAUCUUCCACAAACUCCUGAUAUCGAAUUCUCGAUUUUUUCGAUUUUCAUCUCGCAAAACCCCAUCCAUUGUCAUUCCAAUCCAUAAUAUUUCAAUCGGAUGUCUCAAUAUUGCCAGUUUUGUUGAUAUGGAGUUGUCGGACUGCAAAAAUACGAAUAAAUUGACGAUUUUAGGUCAACGACGACAUAAACUAUCUGAUUCAGACAGUUACGUUUGCCGGAUUCCGACAAAUGUCGCGUCGAACCCCCAGCACGAACAAAAUAACGAAUAAGCAGCAUAUCGAUCAAUAAAAUCACAUAAAUCUUCAUUCGCUCAAAGAUUUCUUUGAGUUCCGACGAAAAUCCAACAAUCCAUAUUUCCUCUCGAUUCGCCAAGUCCAUCUGGUUCCUCGAUCGGUUUUAGUUCGGCCCCCAAGUAGGCAGUUCAAGGUUUGGUUCCCUUGAACUCCUUUCCAGCAACAAAGAUUGAAGUGGAUCACAACCACUUUACACAAACGAUAAAUACACGAACAGGUUGAAAUGCAAUCAUUUAUUGAUCGCAAAUCAUUUUAUGACAAGAAGGGGGACGGUUUAGGACCGUCCCGAGACACAAAACCUACUAAAACCCUAGAAAAACAAGCAAAAGCUCAACUCGGUUUGAAACCUUGAAAAACAAAGCAAAACCAGAAAUGCGCAACACAAACACGUCAGUGCUUUGACGUUGGCGCGUUUUGUGUGCACCGCGGCUAUUUGAAUACGGAGUUUUACCAGGGAUAUUACUUAAUCAUAAAAGCCUAGUGUCUAAGCCUAAGCCCAGAUACCAGGAUUUUGAGCCUAAGCCUUACUCUCUGGUUAAGCCUAAGCCUGAAAUUCUAGGGUUUGACCCAAGCCUAAGCCUGAAAUUCUAGGAUCUGAGCCUAAGCCUAACCUUUUGGUUAAGCCUAAGACUAGCUAUUUUCCAACUUUCAGCCUGCUUUUCGUCCUAAUCUGAGAAAUCCUCUUUUUUCAAAAGUUCUAAAAACUUUUUCUAUGCUCAAAAACCUCAAAAAAGUCAUAUUUCAAAUUCUACCGUAAGAAACCCAUCUGUCUUGUCAAUCAACAAGUUUGUUGUGUUAAUUAGUGGUGCUCUUCUGCUAAUGAGCACCUGCUUGAGCUCUAUAGUUAUUCGAAAAAAGUAAUAGAUUAUCUUUUGUGUAAAUAAACUUUUUUUGGGAAGGCACAUGAGAUUGGAUUACUGUAGAUUACAUAAAGAACAAUGGAACCGACCGCGUGGCAUCAAGUUUCGCUAACUUUUGGAAAUAGAAAAAAAAACAUCUGGGUGAACUUUUUGAAGCGAAAAAACUAAUGAAUCUUUCCGUUUGACCUAGAUGUGAUGACAAAUUGGCUCUUUGUUUAAAUAUAUUUUUUUCUUAUUCUUAUUCAAAUUUGAAUUGGAGUACUGUUGCGCACUCAUUCAAAAGAAUCAUAAUAAAAGGGCGCUUGACAGCUGCUUUCUUAAUUAUGCAACAUUCUUUUAGAUGAGCUAGCUUACUGUCAACAGGUGUUUAAGGAGCAAUUUAGGGAUUUAAGGAGGUUCUUUUCUUUUUUGAAAAACGGUUUUAUGAGGUGUUUUGGCGGCAAACGCGUUUGACCUCCACAAAUACCGUAUGCGUCUCCUUGUGUAAACGAAACUUUUUUGAAAAUUUACACCUUUUUGUAUCACACCUCACCUCUAGAUGCUUAUCUCGUUUGAAAAGGGGAAAAUCGCGCACGCGCGGAGAUGCAACUUUUUUUUGUUGGACUGUGAAGAAAGUUUUGAGGGGAGGCUGGUGAUUUGCUGGGCUGAUAUGAUGGGAUGGAAAAAAGUUUGGGAUUUUCAGGCCAAUUUGUAGCUCUGAAUCAAAAAGCUAAGGUUCCUGUGAAUUUCAGCCCGAAAUUUUGGUUUAGACGAUUUUUAAGACACAAAAGAGGGGAAAGUUUGGUUGACAAGUUUUCUAGGCUUACUUGAAACUUUGAAUAGGAUUCAAGUUCUGAAAACAGGUUCAGAAAUCGUCCCAAUUUUUCAAAAUUUUUCAACUUUGCCACGUCAUAACUCAUGUUAGGAGUCGAGCUGUACAGUUUUUGACAGCGGAAUCGUGAUCAGCGGGUCAAAAACUACUAGAAAACAUAUUUCAUUAAAAAUCUCGAUUGCAAGUUUAAACAGUUCCCUUGUAAGAUCUCCGUGAUUUUCAGUCGUAAAAUUUUAACAUCUCCUCAAGUUUUUCUGAAACCAAUCAAUAAUUUUUCUUUUUUUUCAGUGCACAAAUUGGCCACACUUUUCCCAUCAAUGCAAUGCGCUGUGGUUUUGCACUAUAUCGCUGCAACAUCAACAAAUAUCGAUGCGAUUUUUGCCAUGAAUUUGAAGCAAUUAAUCUCGACAACUUUUCAACUUCAAGAGGUGAGCUUGUGAUUCUCAAAUGCGAAAAAAUCCGAAACUAAUUUUUUUUUCAGAAUCUCAUGGAUUCGUACAUCGCAAUGAUUCAAAAAUGUCAAUCUGGCGAGCCGAUUUAUCCACCACCCGAGCAGCCACUUGUCACCCAACACACACCUCCAACAAUGUUUGCGCCAUCCUCGUCUGUUGAUAAUUUGACACCGAAUGAUGAUGAGGAAGAUGAUGAAGACGGAGAAGAUCUAGAUGCGCAGCUCGAAAAAUAUCACCAAGAAUUGGUUAUGGUGCAUGAGAAGAAUUUGCGACUUCCGAUGACGCCGCUCAAUGAUUCGGGAUUCUCGUCGGAUGUCUCGUCGCCAUCGAAUUCUGCCGAGAAGAAGCGCAAACAUCCGCUGUCAGAUUAUAAUGAUGAAAGUCCGCCGAAAAUGUUGAGGAUUAUGUAG